AUGGCCUCUCAAUCCCUCGCCCCCGCUCAACAAACAGCUCCUAGCUCAACAUCAACCCCCUCAAAACCUAAACCCUCCCACCCACCGGUCUCAAUCCUCUCCUCGCAGUUCGCACGCGGCUAUGCCCUCGCUCACCCGGCCAUUCUCCUUUCCCUAGUCGCUUACCGCUUCAGCUCUGUCGUCCAUGACCCCGUCGCAGAGCUCCUUAGCGACAUCCCCUUCCUCGUCGGCCUUCAGGCCGUCUAUGUGAUGGGAUGUCUGCCACCCGCGGGCGCAGAGAAAGACGGCAGCACAUCCGCAGACGGAACGACAAGAAAGACCACCGGUCCUAAGCGCCGCGGACACUCGGCCUCAAAGGGUUCUUCAUGGAGUACAGGGCUCGUCUCCGUUGCGUGGAAACUCACUCCCGCUCUCCUCUCCCUAACCUUAACAAUCCUCCUGGCAACGCCGACACUAGCCCUCCUCCUCGUCCUCUUCGGCGCCCCAUUAACAACGCACCACGCCCUAACCUUCCUUUGCGCCGCGCACAUGGCGCUCCUCUCCGCUUUCCCGUUGAUCUACGCGCACGGCGUCGACGGCGAGAUCUGGCGCGAGAUCUGGGGCGCAUCGAGGCCCGCUGAUGCCGUUUGGGGUGGUGCGUUGGGGACGUGUCUAGGGGCUUGGUUUGGGGCUGUACCGAUUCCGUUGGAUUGGGAUCGGCCGUGGCAAGCGUAUCCGAUCACGAUUCUUACCGGGGCGUAUAUUGGGUACGUGCUUGGAAUGCUUGUGGGAAGGGCAAAAGGGGUGUUUGGGAAGAGACUUGAGUUUGUGCCGCAGGGCGCAAGGGAUCUCAAAGUUGAUUGA